AUGGACACAAAGGAAGUCCAAGAGGUCGACAUCAUCGGUCCAGCCCAGCGAAUGCAAAAUCUGUCAAUCGACGAUGUACCUAUCGAACCUCUCUCUGAACUGGCCGAGCCGACUGAGCAGGUGCAGCCUCGCAGUAAAUUUCGCCUCACCAUGAUUCUGAUUGCUCUCUACCUGUCACUGUUCGUGGCUGCCCUUGACGCCACCAUUGUCGCUACUGCCGUUCCCAAAAUCACCGCCGAGCUUCAUUCGGCAGCCGGGUACAUCUGGAUUGGCGGUGCCUAUCUCAUAGCCAAUGCUGCAGCUGCUCCCAUCUGGGUCAAAUUCUCCGACAUCUGGGGUCGCAAGCCCAUCUUCCUCGUCGCUGUGGUGGUCUUCUUCGCCAGUUCUGUCGUAUGUGCAGCCGCCGUCGACAUGCAGAUGCUUAUUGUGGGCCGCAGCAUCCAGGGUGCCGCCGGAGGUGGUCUCAUCUGCAUGGUCAAUGUCGGUAUCUCCGAUCUCUUCAGUGUCCGCGAGAGGAGCUUGUGGCUCGGCCUGUGUGAAGGAAUCUGGGCUCUCAGCGGAGCCGUGGGUCCUCUCUUGGGAGGUGCCUUUGCCCAAAAGGCCAGCUGGCGAUGGUGCUUUUACUGCAACUUACCCAUCGCUGGUACAGCUUUCCUUCUGCUGUUGCCAUUUCUCAACGUCCACAACCCUCGAACACCAGUCCUAGAUGGUGUCAAAGCCAUUGAUUGGUUCGGCUGCGUCUCAAUUGUUGGUGUAACGGUGAUGCUGCUCUUGGGACUUGACCUAGGUGGAUCUGUGUACCCUUGGGGCUCAGCCAAAGUCAUCUGCCUCAUUGUAUUCGGCGCCCUGAUGGUCCUUGUCUUCAUCUACAGCGAAAAAAAGCUGGCGAAGUACCCUGUGAUCCCGCUGUCCCUUUUCGGAACGAGGAACAUUGCAACUAUGCUGGUGACUUUCUGUCAUGGAAUGGUCUUUAUUGCCGCCGAAUAUUACUUGCCCUUAUAUUUCCAAAGUGUCCAAGAAGCUUCACCUCUUCGAUCAGGGGUGCUUCUCGUUCCGCUUAUCGUCGCCACGGCAGGCACCGGAGUCAUCAAUGGCGUGAUUAUACAUCGUACAGGCCAGUACCGACCGUCCAUGUGGGUUGGAACUAUCCUGAUGACCCUGGGAACCGGACUCUUCGUCUUAAUGAAUGCGCACACCUCGACGGGCACCAUCAUCGGAUUUGAGAUCGUCGAAGGUGUUGGUUCGGGAUUGCUAUUUGAGCCUCCCCUCAUCGCAAUUCAACAAGGUGUUCACCAGGACGAUGUUGGCACUGCGACGUCGACACAAGCCUUCAUUAGAAGCCUGGCACUGUCGUUGGGCGUCAUUAUAGGCGGCAUCGUGUUUCAGCAGAGCAUGGAUCUUCGGCGCUCAUCAUUACAACAAAUCGGCUUGCCGCCGUCGGUCUUGGAACAACUGUCGGGCAAAAACGCAGGCGCCAACGUCAUGGUGGCACACACCCUUCCGCCCGCCCAAGAACUUGCAGUCAAGGAAGCGUUCGCUUGGAGCAUCAGAAACAUGUUCAUCAUGUUCACGGUUCUGGGCGCUUUCGGUGUUCUUGCGAGCUUGUUUGUUGUGAAGACAAAGCUGUCGAAAGAACACAAGGAGACAAUUACUGGUCUCAAGAAAGAAGAACCUACGCUUUAA